GAGGCCCUGCCCGGCCUGGUGCCGCGUCCUUUUCCUUCCCCCGCCCCUUUCUUUUUCCUUCCUGAGGGAAGAAGCAUGGCGACCGACUCCUGGGCGCUGGCCGUCGACGAGCAGGAGGCCGCCGCGGAGUCGUUGAGCAGUUUGCACCUGAAGGAUGAGAAACCCAAGCCAGACGCCAAUGGGGCUGUUGUCAAGACAGAAGACAAUGUGGAGAAGGUUGAAGAUGAGGAAAAAGAGGACAGAGCAGCCCAGUCGUUGCUCAAUAAGCUGAUUCGCAGCAACCUGGUGGACAACACGAACCAAGUGGAGGUGCUGCAGCGUGACCCCACAUCACCCCUCUACUCCGUGAAGUCCUUUGAGGAGCUGCGGCUGAAGCCCCAGCUGUUACAGGGCGUCUACGCUAUGGGUUUCAACAGGCCAUCGAAGAUCCAAGAGAAUGCACUGCCCAUGAUGCUUGCAGAGCCUCCACAAAAUCUGAUUGCGCAGUCCCAAUCUGGUACCGGCAAGACGGCAGCCUUUGUUUUGGCCAUGCUCAGCAGAGUGGAAUCUGAUAACAAAUACCCACAGUGUCUGUGCCUUUCCCCAACGUAUGAGCUGGCCCUUCAGACGGGGAAGGUGAUUGAACAGAUGGGCAGGUUUUACCCAGAGCUGAAGCUUGCCUAUGCCGUGCGAGGCAACAAAUUGGAGCGUGGCCAGAAGAUUGCUGAACAGAUCGUCAUUGGUACUCCAGGCACCGUCCUCGACUGGUGCUCCAAGCUGAGGUUCAUUGACCCCAAGAAGAUCCGGGUCUUUGUCUUGGAUGAGGCAGACGUCAUGAUCGCCACCCAAGGCCACCAGGAUCAGAGCAUCCGUAUCCAGAGGAUGCUUCCCAGAGACUGCCAAAUGUUGCUCUUUUCGGCCACCUUUGAAGACUCAGUUUGGAAGUUUGCCCAGAAAGUGGUUCCUGACCCCAACAUCAUCAAACUGAAGCGGGAGGAGGAGACUCUGGACACCAUCAAGCAAUACUACGUCCUGUGCAACAGCCGGGAGGAGAAAUUCCAUGCUCUCUGUAACAUCUACGGCGCCAUCACCAUUGCCCAGGCAAUGAUCUUCUGCCAUACACGCAAAACGGCUGGCUGGCUGGCGGGGGAGCUGUCUAAGGAAGGCCACCAGGUUGCCCUCUUGAGUGGCGAGAUGAUGGUGGAACAGCGUGCGGCAGUGAUUGAGCGCUUUCGGGAGGGCAAGGAGAAAGUUUUGGUGACCACUAAUGUCUGCGCUCGAGGGAUUGACGUGGAGCAGGUCUCAGUUGUCAUUAACUUCGAUCUACCGGUGGAUAAAGAUGGGAAUCCCGAUAAAGAGACUUAUCUUCACCGCAUCGGCCGCACGGGGCGCUUUGGCAAGAGGGGCCUGGCCAUUAAUAUGGUGGACAGCAAGCACAGCAUGAACAUUCUCAACAGGAUCCAAGAACAUUUCAACAAGAAGAUUCACAAACUGGAUGCAGAUGAUUUGGAUGAAAUUGAGAAAAUAGCUAAUUGAAGCCGCAGCUGCUGGAACUGGUGCGCACUCCCUUUUGGGGGAGAUCUGCUCCCUUUGGAUCAGCAUCCGGAUUGAUUGGCACCGGUCUGUGUUAGUCGCACGCAAAGGGAUGACUUUGUAGAGAUAACAAAAUACACUGAAAUUACCUCAACUUUUAAAAACACACACACACACAACAAAACAGAAACGAAUUGUGGCUGGACUUGAUUUUAAAGCGGAAAUGCAAACUCUGGGGGAAAGAAGCAAUGUUUACAGUGACUUUUAACUUUUCUUUUACUUCUUUUUUUUUAGUUUAGCCUUACAAGGGGGAGAAAAAUCUCUUAAAUUCUUAAGAUGAUGCCAAAAAGCAUAGCCACUUAAUUGGGAAAGGUGCACACAUCUUUUUAUCUCAUACAUGCCAGAGCAGUAUAUUAAAAAUUCAGAACCCAAGUAUAUAUCAAUUUAUGUAAGUGUGACCUUUUAUUUUGUUUUAAGUGAGAGAAAGAGCUUAUUCUGGCUUAAAUAGUUUGGAGGAAGUGAAAUUUUCACGGAGCGCUCUGGAUUCUGGGCUUUUGUAGAUCCUUCUACUAUUUCUCUUAGAUGGUCCAGAGGUUGCUUUUCAGUGGGCUGAGAACAAUCAGGUGAUGCUUUGAAAAAUACAUUUCUUUUGGGAACAGCAAUCUUGGAUGAAUUUUCUGAUACCCCCCCCCCCCUUAGCUAUCUCUCAGGACUAUCCAGAGUUCUUUGCAUCUGGAAUAGUGGUAGCUGUCUAUUUUAAAGACCAUGCAACUAGGAUCACAGGAUAGAGGUACUUGGUGAGGUGAAGAGGCUGCUGGCUCUGUUUGAAUGGACAGAGGGUGCCUUUUCAGCUCUGCCACGCUGAACAAUUCAUGCCAUGAUAGUUCAGCCUGGAAAAGGCUUGUGGAAAGAUCCAUGCCAAGCAAACUUCCUCUGCUGUAGGAGGUUGAGCAGUAGCUUAUGUCUGUGUCAAAGAAGUAGGACAACGUGAGCAAUCUGACACAGCUUGAGAAGCUUUUCCAGGUUAAGUAACUCUGCUGACUCUUAACCUAUGGUGCCCUCUUCUCCAGAAUCCGACACAUCUGCUUCCCUUCUGUCAAGAAAGAGACCCCAUGGAUGGUAGCAGAAGUUUCCCCAGAAGUUUGACAUGGGCAGGGAAAAGAGAGGCGUUUCUGUAUGUACCAACACAGGUAAUUAAUUCAUUUUUAGCCACAUUUCUUUGCUUUAUUGGCUAUAGACUCUGUGUUGGACUUCGACGGUACUGUACCUAGUUAUCACACUUCUAAUUCCACUUUAUCAGCCAUGGCUCCAUCCCCUGGUGUCCUGGGGUUUGCAUUUUUGCAAGGUAUGUAGAAUUCUCUGCCAGAUGUCCUAGACUGUCUCACCAGACUUCAUAUCCCAAAAUUGCAUAAGUUGGAGCCAUCGCUGUUAAAGCAAACUGCCGCUAGCCAAGUACUAUUACCUGUGCGGCGUGAAAAAGAGAGGAGGGAGCAAGGGCCAUUUUCAAAAAGCUGUUGCUAAUGGCACUGCAGACACCAGAGAGCAGCCACACACUCCAUUUUCUUACUGCAGUGAGGAAAUGACAAGGCAAGGAGGUUGCACUCAGAGCUCCCUUGACAGUCAACUCUGGUUUUUCAUCUGAUCAGUUGCUCCAAAAAGUUUGUGCUUUGAUUUGUAUUCAAGGGGGGGGGGAUCUUACCUAAGACUGCAUCAACCACAAAUAUCCCUGAGUUACAGGAGACCCUCUGCCUCCUUUGUCUCUUUUCAUCAAUUUGGGCUCCCCAGCCUAUAUCUGACUACUGAUCCCAACUAGAGUAGAAUCAUUGAAUAAAUGGGAUUUACUCGCCAUUCAAGAAUUAAUUAAAUGGGUCUACUCUAGUUCAGAUUCAGUGUAGCUGUUUUAGAUGUGCAGGGUGGCCUGACUUAUUUUUCCAGGCAAAGUAGAAUCUUAAAAUAUUUUUAUUCAGAAUAUGAAGGGGAAUUGGAAAAGGCAGGAGCAGGAAUCUGCUAAAAUUAAAGGAAUAAAUUGUACAUUUUGAGUGUUUAUCAAUACUUAUUUUUUAAAAGACAGCGUGGGGUGUGAAAGCGUUCGGCUCAAGGGCAGAAAUGCUUUUACCAAACGAAACUGAAAAACACACUUGGUUUUUAAAGUGUACCUAAAAUUUUAGGAAGCUUGCGUGUAGCCUGUUGCAAUCAGUUUUGUGUAAAUGGCUAUAGAGAGGCGGAGCAGGUUUCAGAGAAGGGGAAAUAAAUCGCACGUUUUGUAUGCUAGGGUGGACCUUAUUUUUAUUCUGCUUGAAGUGGCCGGUGGGCGCGUGCCGUUGUGUGGCGGAGGGGCCUGCCAACUCCCCUCCGUUGGUAUGACUGCUGAGUGAUCAUGCAAGAGCCCCAUGCGCUCUUUCGGAUGUACUUUUGAGUUGGAAUAAAGACCAUGUGAGAUGCAA